UCCUCUGUCCUGCUUCAGCAGCAAGCCAAGUGUCCUAAUGGCAGCUUUGACGUGGCAACAGGGGGCGGGAGCUGCUCUGGCUGGCCCCGGGGUGGUGUCAGACCGGGGCUGGGAGGCACUGUCCUGUUGCUGCGCUGCAUGGAGUGGGCACAGGUGCCCGAUGCCGCUGCUUUCCGUGCCUUCAGGCAGCGUUGCCAGGAUGGCAGCUGGCAGCAGGACCGCGGUGGGCUCGCUGUCAGCCUCCAGCUGCCACCGCCUGGCUGUGCCAUACACCAGCUCAAGUGCCGCAUCGAUGUCCCAGAUGUGCCGGCAGCAACAAUGUACGACGUGCUGCACGACAGCGAGUAUCGCUGGGAGUGGGACACCAACGUCAUCGACACGCACGGCAUAGCCCAGGUGGCCGUCAACGCUGAUGUGGGCUACUACGCCUGGCGAUGUCCAAAGCCCUUAAAGAACAGGGAUGUGGUGAUGCUACGAGCCUGGCAGGUGGAGGAUGGGUAUCACACUAUUAUCAACUUCUCCGUCAAACACCCGAAAUACCCUCCGCGUAAGGACAUGGUAAGGGCGGUCUGUCUCCUAACGGGAUACCUGGUGCAUUCAACUGGGCCCAACAGCUGCAGCCUCACCUACCUGGCUCAGGUGGAUCCAAAAGGGUCGUUGCCAAAGUGGGUUGUGAAUAAAGCCUCGCAGUACCUGGUGCCACAGAUGUUAAAGAAACUGCACAAGGCCUGUGUGCAGUACCCUGCCUGGAAGCAGCAGCACAAUGUAAACAUGAAACCCUGGCUGUACCCUGAGCAGAACAAGCUUCCUGUGCUGGCGCUGUCAGAGCUGGCACUGCAGCGUGCUGCGUCAUUGGAGAACAUCGAUGAGAGCAGCCUGGCUGAAGAGAAGGAUGAGAGCAGUGACCGUGGUGCUUUGGAGAACUGAUGUUGCCCAGGCUUGUCUAGUGGUUUACUUACAACAAUGGGAGAAAGUUUUUUACUUAAAGAAGAAAUCCUUGUGUUUGUAGCCUUUUCUCGUGAACCGGCUCAUGAGCUGCGUGGCUCCUGGCUUGCUGGCCCUGCUUAGUGCAAGGCACAAGGGCUGACAGUCCCCACCUGGUAAUGUAAAGCUCUGGGAGAAUUCAUACCGUGCGUCUCUCAGGUGAAAGCCGCCCUCACAGAAUACAGCUUGUUCUGGGCCUGCUGCUCCAAGAGGUCAAGUUACCUGCAGUGCCUCUUGCCAGGCUGCUCUACCAGAUGGUGAGUUACUCAUUAACAAACUGUUCUUUGCCUCUGUUCUGUGAGUGGCUGAAAUAUCUUGUGUAGCUGGAGCUGUUGUUUUCCCAAAGGGAAUCAAUAACUACCUGGUGUUUCCCUCCAGCUCUGAAUGAUGAAAUAAACUGUGGUGACAAGUACAA